CCGGCCCCAUUUAACGGCGCGGCGGGCGGGCUCGCGGGCGGCCAGCGCAGCGCACAGCCGAGCCAGCAUGUCGGGGACCCGAGCCUCCAACGACCGGCCCCCCGCCGCGGGCGGCGUCAAGCGGGGGCGGCUGCAGCAGGAGGCGGCGGCGACCGGCUCCCGCGUGACCGUGGUGCUGGGCGCGCAGUGGGGGGACGAGGGCAAAGGCAAGGUGGUGGACCUGCUGGCCACGGACGCCGACAUCAUCAGCCGCUGCCAGGGGGGCAACAACGCGGGCCACACGGUGGUGGUGGACGGCAAGGAGUACGACUUCCACCUGCUGCCCAGCGGCAUCAUCAACACCAAGGCCGUGUCCUUCAUCGGCAACGGGGUGGUCAUUCACCUGCCAGGCCUGUUUGAGGAAGCUGAGAAGAACGAGAAGAAAGGGCUGAAGGACUGGGAGAAGAGGCUCAUCAUCUCUGACAGAGCCCACCUCGUGUUCGAUUUUCACCAGGCUGUGGACGGACUCCAGGAAGUGCAGCGCCAAGCACAGGAGGGCAAGAACAUCGGCACCACCAAGAAGGGGAUCGGACCCACCUACUCAUCCAAAGCUGCCCGGACGGGCCUCCGCAUCUGUGACCUCCUGUCGGACUUUGACGAGUUUUCCACCAGGUUCAAGAGCCUGGCCCGCCAGCACCAGUCCAUGUUCCCUGCCCUGGAAAUAGACGUCGACGGUCAGCUCAAAAGGCUCAAGGCCUUCGCCGAGCGGAUCCGACCCAUGGUCCGAGACGGCGUCUACUUCAUGUACAAGGCGCUCCACGGCCCCGCCAAGAAAAUCCUGGUGGAAGGCGCCAACGCAGCCCUGCUCGACAUAGACUUCGGGACCUACCCCUUUGUGACCUCAUCCAACUGCACGGUGGGCGGCGUGUGCACGGGCCUGGGCAUACCCCCCCAGAACAUAGGCGACGUGUACGGCGUGGUCAAGGCCUACACCACACGCGUGGGCAUCGGGGCCUUCCCCACGGAGCAGAUCAAUGAAAUCGGAGACCUGCUGCAGAGCCGCGGCCACGAAUGGGGAGUGACCACGGGCAGGAAGAGGCGCUGUGGCUGGUUAGACCUGAUGAUCCUGAGAUACGCCCACAUGGUCAACGGGUUCACCGCGCUGGCCCUGACGAAGCUGGACAUCCUGGACGUCCUGAGCGAGAUUAAAGUGGGCGUCGCGUACAAGCUGAGCGGGAAGAGGAUCCCCUACUUCCCAGCUAACCAGGAGAUACUCCAGAAGGUUGAGGUCGAAUACGAGACGCUGCCUGGCUGGAAGGCAGACACCACAGGCGCCAGGAGGUGGGAGGACCUGCCCCCACAGGCCCAGAACUACGUCCGCUUCGUGGAAAACCACGUGGGAGUCGCAGGUGGGUGCCCUGCAUCCCCCGGCCACCCGUCCCUCACCCUGGACCCUGGGCACCCAAGAGGCCCACGUCCCAGUGCAGGGCUUGGUGCACAGUAAGAACCCAGCCGAGUGUGGUCGCCGGGAGAAGGUAUCAGAGCGAGGUGAGAAGGGCCCCAAGCUAGGGGCGGGUGUGGCCUGCCAGGAACAGCCACCUCUCAGCAUCUGGAACGACAGACGGGACACAUCCGUCUCUGAAGUGUGUGCUUCCUGUCACAGCACAAGGGAGUCUGCACCUGCAGCAGGGCCGUGGGAGACACCACCUAAAGACGAGGUGGCCGUUCCCAAGGGGCAGGACCGAGGGAGGAGAGGGACUCCUGCUCUCUGCUGUACAUGGAUUAAUCCCCGAACAUGUACGGCCUUUAUAACUAAAAAAUUAGAACUAUGUCCAUUUGAAGAAAACAUAGCCCCUUUUACUAGAUGAACUACAUAAAAAGAUGUGACAUUAAAGAACAUUUCAUUCCAUGAACACGCUGCUCUGCCCCUGCAGUGAAGUGGGUCGGGGUCGGCAAGUCCAGAGAGUCGAUGAUCCAGCUGUUUUAGACGCCGACCAUCCUGCCCCGCCGGGCCGCACCUCUGUCCCGUCCGUCCCACAGAAAUGGCAGCAGCCACGGUCCUUGGCCACCACAACCAACACCGUGAACAAAGAAACAUGAAAACGAUUUCUGGACUUUGAUAUUUCUACUGAAGCCUUCAGCUCAACACGUUCAUUUCUACAAUGAUUUUAAACCUCAGAAAGCCAACCUUGUGUACAUUUUUUAAAAUUCUGCGAUGUAAAAUGAGCCAUAGUGCUCAAAGCGGAGACCUUCUGUGACACAGUAACUGUCACAGGAUUGUGUGCCCAGUUGGAGCCAUGUCGUAAUAAACAUCCAGUAGCCACUGAACG